AUGGGAAUCUACGUCGGACCAAUGCGCUCGCACAACUCUGCGCGCGUCACCCCGUGUCAUCCAUACUUAGCAUUCAAAGAGGGAGGAGGAGAUGGCUACCUGGCCAGAUCGAGACGCCGUCAGGGCUUGGCCCUACCCAAGGAUUUUCCCCAAGACGAUUCCAAUCCCCGAGACGACGCAGCGAUGAACAGUCAACUCGGACGCCUCAAUGCUCUCCCAUCGAUCCCUCACCUGCUUAGCUGA